AUGAGCAGUCAGACAUAUAGGAAAAUUGUCUUCAGAAAAGGAAACUUCAACGAGUCUAAAAUAGAUUUAACUUUUGUUCGUGAGGCGGAAAUCAAUCUACCAGUAGGUAAUCGCUUCGACCGUUUACCCACCAGCUUUCACCAUAAUAGUUUGGUAGGUCUUCUUGAAACGGAACAUCGCGAGGCCUUGCUGAGGCCGCCAGUUUGCUCGCAACACAAGAACGAAAGACUACGAUAUUUCUGCUCUUCCUGUGAAGCGUGUAUUUGUCCUGUUUGCUUCGCCGAAGAUCACCGAGGCCAUGAGUUCGACGUUAUUGAAAAGGCAGUGCAGGAGGAUAAGAAAUACAUCAUGUUGAACGUCGACACUAUCAAGGAAAAGGCAAAUUUGUUUCGAGAAGAGUUAAGAAAACUUGAGAAAACCUCUGAGGAUGUGGAAAUGAUCAUCGCUAUCGCUAAACAGGAAGUGUCUGGGGCAGCUCAACACGUCAUCAAAAAGACGCGACAGCAAGAAAAACAACUCUUAGAGUCCUUAGAAAUGACGCGUAGGAAGAGAAUAGAGCGAAUUCACUCAGCAAAGCAAGAACUGGAAUCUCUGGUAAAACAAAUGAACCAAGCAGCUGAGUUUGCGGAAAAUCUGGUGCAGAGUAGCUUGAAUAUUAUACAGACCAAGAGAACUUUGAAGCAGAAAUUUCAAGAGCUUUGUGGAGUUGAGAUUUCAAGGCAUCAUCCGACAACAUUUGUCAAAUUUACCGCGGCAUCCCAAUAACACUUAAAACUAGGUUUUAUUCAACUCACUGAGGAACCGGCAAAAGCCGCUAAAUCAACUCUAGAAGGACUGGAUCGAACUUUCCAGGCUGGUGUAGAAGCAGAGUUAACGUUGUGUUCAAAAACAGCAGAGGGAGAGACUAGUUACCAGGCUGAUCUUAGCGAUCAAGUUGAAUGGCUGAUAAAACCUACCGAAGAUGUCACAAACGUGACUGUUCAAGCAGGAGAAGAAGGCAAUCUUAGAUUGAAGUUUACACCUAAAGUGCCUGGUGCCUACAGCGUUGAGGUGAAGAUUAAUGGCGAAAAGCUUCCGACCUGUCCGUUCAAUUUGCCAGUGAAAGAACGUGAACUUGUCGUAGUCGGCGAAUUGGACUUGAAGUUCAACCAAGGGCAGGAAUUCAGUGGACCAAGUGGAAUCGCCGUUAACAAGCAAGGCGACAUAGCUGUUGUAGAUAAUAUUGGACACUGUGUUUUUGUAUUCAAUAAAGAAGGGAACUGUUUGAAACAAAUUGGAAAAGAAGGAGUAGAUCCUGGACAAUUCAAACAUCCCACCGGAGUGUUAUUUUUAAACGACCACGAAGUUCUUGUUACAGAUUGUGCAAAUAAUAGAAUACAACACAUAAAUAUCCAGACAGGAACUGUUUUGAAAACCUUCGGAAAAAAAGACGAGGGAAAAGGACACUUUAUGUCUCCAUUUUCUGUGCACCUCGAUCACGCAAACCGUUUAGUUGUCACUGAAAUUUGCAACAAUAGAGUUCAAGUAAUGUCAAAAGAGGGCGAAGCUCUAUUCACAAUAGGAGACAGUGGUCCAGUAAAACUCAGCAAACCACACAGCUGCAUUUCUUACAAAAACAUUUUCCUGGUAACUGAAAUAAACAAUCACGUCGUAAAAGCAUUUGAUUCGUCAAAGACUUUCUUGUACAAGUUUGGCAAAAAAGGGAAUCAAGACGGACAGUUCAACAAACCCUGUGGCAUGUGUUUAGACGGCUCUGAUAACCUUCUUGUUUGUGACUAUCUCAAUAACAGAGUUCAGCAAUUUUCUUUGGACGGUCGCUUUACAGGCAAAACUACCGUUCCUUUAAAAGAUCCACGUCGAAUUGUAACAGCGCCAGAUGGGCGUAUACUAGUCACAAGCCGUACAGCUAAGAAAAUAUACAUUCUGAGGUAAAUGUGUUAUAAUUCUAUGAAUCAU